AUGCUACAGCAGCCCAACGCUGCUCUAGUGCGACAUGGCGGCAUCAGGCGCAUACGGGAAAAGUUCGUCAACGAUCUCGCAACCUACAGGUCAAAGCGCGUAACAACCAAGGCCUUUGAUGAUGAGAGAAACGCUGAUCUCAACCGGUAUCCAGAUGUGGCACUAAUCGACCAAACAAGGGUUGUCCUUAGAGAUGGGCCUGAAGGUGCCAACGCUCUUCCUAAAAAUAAAACAAUUUUCAUUUUUCUAGGUAGCGACUACGUGCACGCGUCAAAGGUGAAGGGCUCCGAGUUUCCGAUGAUUUGUGCUCAGGGUCCGAUCGACGAAUCAAUUGCCAACUUCUGGACGAUGGUUGUGGAGCAGAAUUGCGGGGUCAUCGUCCAGCUCUGUCAAAAUCAAGAGGAAGGCCGUGAGAAGUGUGCAGACUACAUCCCUGCCGAGCCAACGCUCUAUGGGAACGCGACCGUAUCUGUCAAGGAGCCGACCCAUGCUACCGUAGCCAACCCAAGUGUUCACAGGACAGUUAUCGAUGCGUCACUUCCGAGCGGGCGGAGCGUUGAGGUCGUGCACUUUCUCUACGAUGGAUGGCCGGAUCGCGAUGUACCACUAUCACCAGCAGCGUUUCGUCAGCUUCGCGGGACGGUCCAAAAGUUGGCAGUAACACGAAAAUGCUCUGUGCUCAUCCACUGCAGUGCUGGAAUUGGUCGUACGGGGACAUAUGCCGCGAUCGAGAUGGCCUACAGGGACCUGAUUGCCAACGACCGAGAAGUGCAAAUGUCUACAAUAUUCCAGCGACUGCGCGACCAGAGGGCCCAUGCAAUCCAGACUGAUUUGCAGUACCUUUUUCUCCACCGUGCGCUCAUUGACAUUGCUUUGGAAAAAGGCCGACUGAACCGGGUAGACAAAGCGGGAGGCGUCGACGCGUUCAUCAAAGAAUACGAGGAACUGAUCAAGAGGAAAAGAGAGGAGCGCAAAGAACUGGAACGGAAGCACAAGAGAAGACGUGGAUGA